AAAAAAAAAAGGAAGUGUCUACCCAGAGGCUAACUUGCACAUUUGCCAUCUAAAUUCUCUGCAUUGGCAGCACACUGCACAGCCGACUUGGGGACUCAUUAGGAAAAUAAUGAUGCCUUGCCUCUUCCAAGGCCACAUUCCUAAAAAGAGCAGUGAAUUCUUCCCAACACCCACUGCUGUGUAUCCAGUCUGCCAGUUGUAUCUCUAGAAUGUUCCAUGUUGCUGGGUCAUCUUCUGAGGAGCCUUUUGGUGUUUCAGGCUGGUGAAAACUAUGGAGGCCUUCUCAGAAUUCUGUGUUGUUGCUCUCAUUUGUAAUUGAAUUUCAGUUAAAGGGAUUUCCUUCAUGUGGAUUGCUAAAAUCAAAAAGAUAUUCUGGAGCUGUUGAUUGGACUUUCAGAGGACGCAUCAAAAAUUUUUUUUCUGGUGACAAUCCUUUCCCGGAGGCUCUUCCAGCCAUGGAUGGAAAAGCAGAUGUGAAGUCUCUCAUGGCGAAGUUUAACACUGGGGGCAACUUGACAGAGGAGGUCUCCGUUGGCAAUCGACCCUUCAAAGUAGGAGGACAUUCAUCCCCUUCAGGAAUACAGGCAAGGAAGAGUGUAUUUACCAACCAAGGAAAUGCCAGUCCACCCCCAGGGCCCAACAACUCAUCCAAGUUUGGGACUCCAAGGCCUCUUUUGGGAGUAAAGUCUUCAUUUGAGGAGAAAACCGACAAGGACCCCAAACCCCCAUAUCUGAAACCUACUGGAGCAGGACAGAGAUUUGGGACUCCAGCAAGCUCUGCCAGCAGGGAGCCUGAAGGAAAAGUGGGAUUUCUGAAACCUGUAGGUCCUAAGCCAUUUGACCAGCCAAAAGAAGAUGCCAAGCCUGUGUUUCCGAGACCCUCUGGGAACAAACCAUUGCUUCAUGCUGUCAACCAAGAGAAUGACGUAAAAACUCCUAGUCCAAAGUCAGUUUUCAAUGCCCCAGCACAAGAAAAUGAACCUAAACCAGUAUUUCCAAAGUUGGCUGCGGCUAAGGGAAAGUUCACUUCUCCACAAGACCAUGAUUCCAAGCCCCCUUUCACCAAACCAGCAAUUGGGCAGAAACCUUCUGCCAAUACAGACACCUCCCAUGAAGACCAGAGCCCCAGCAAGAGUACAUUUCCGCAGAAAGGACCUGCAUUUGCCCCUCCCUCAAAACCUAAAAUCAGUACUCCCAAGCCAGGCAAGGAAGAUACAGAAAACAAAGACCAUGCAACAGACCUCCCAAAUAUGCCUUUUCCUGGGGUAACUCUAAAGCCUGCUGCCAGCAGAGGUACCCCAGGCUCAAGCCUAAACCUCCCCAAAAAUACUGAAGAGAAAAAAGAAGAAAGGAAGAUAGAUGCAGCUAAGAAUGUAUUUAUGAGUAAAAUGAAUCAGGACGACUCAGGCUCAGGUGCCCCUCCACCCAAGUUCUCGAAGCCACCUUCCAAACUGGUGGUGGGAGGACCUUGGAACCAAAGUCAAGAAAAGGAAAAAGGAGAAAAGAAUUCAACUGCACCUAAGCAGAAGCCUUUGCCUGCCCUCUUUACCCUGGGUCCAGCCCCACAGAAACCCAACAGACCACCUACCGUUGACCUGGCAAGAUUCCGAAAGGCCAGCCCUGCAAACUCUCCAAGCAAAGGAACAGCACCUUACUCUGGGGCCACAUCACCACCACCACCACCACCUCCACCAGCACAUCCUACCACUCAACCAGUCGCCCCAGUCCCUCCAGUCCCUUACCCAACACAACCUCCAGUUCCAAGUCUACCUCCUAGAAAUAUCAAAAUUCCUCCUGAUCCAAAGAGUCUAACAAAUGAAGAAAAUUAUGAUGAUGUUGAUAUGCAAUCCAAUGAUCUUGGAAAUCCAGAUGAGGAUCAAGAAAGCGAUGGAGAAACAUAUGAAGACAUAGAAGCAACAAAAGAACGAGAGAAGAAGAAAGAUAAAGAAGAGAAGAAAAGACUAGAGCAAGAGAAGAAAGAACAGAAAGAGAAAGAAAAAAAGGAACAAGAGAUCAAGAAAAAGUUCAAACUAACAGGACCUAUUCAAGUCCUCCAUCAAGCUAAGGCUUGCUGUGACGUCAAAGGAGGGAAGAACGAGCUAAGUGUCAAACAAGGAGAGGAAAUUGAAAUAAUUCGUAUCACGGACAACCCUGAAGGAAAAUGGUUAGGCAGAACUUCCAGAGGCACAUAUGGCUAUAUUAAAACAACAGCAGUGGAGAUCGACUAUGAUUCCUUAAAAAGAAAGAAAAAUUCAAUGAGUACUCUUCCAUCAAAACUCAUGGAAGAUGAUCAGGAGCUGUACGAUGAUGUUGCUGAACAUGGCAGUGUUAGCAGCCAUAGUCAAAGUGGCAGUGGAGGAGUGUUCCCAAAUCAAGGGGAUGAAAUUUAUGAUGGUAUUGAAGAUGAUGAUGAUAAUGGCUCCACGCUACAGGUCGACGACGAGAAGAGUAAUCCAUGGACCUGGGGGAUUUUGAAGAUGUUAAAGGGAAAAGAUGACAAAAAGAAAAGUAUACGAAAGAAAUCUAAAGACACAGAGUCAGACAGUAACGAAGACGUAGCUUUCCCUUCUCCUCCAAAGCAGCUUGGAUUGGAUGUAGGAGAUGAAGUCUAUGAUGACGUGGAUUCAUCUGAUUUCCCUGCUCCACCCAUUGAAAUCAGUGCAGGAGUAAACUUUGGCAAAGGCAGGUUAGAAGAGAAAGACCUAAAGAAGUUGAAAAAGCAAGAAAAAGAAGAAAAGGAAUUCAAGAAAAAAUUCAAAUUUGAUGGUGAAAUUAGAGUCCUCUAUACAACUCAAGUGGUGCCUACCUUAACAUCUAAAAAAUGGGGAACCAGAGAUUUACAGUUGAAGCCUGGGGAAUCUCUUGAAGUCAUACAAAGCACAGAUGAUACAAAAGUGUUGUGCAGGAAUGAAGAAGGCAAAUAUGGCUAUGUCCUUCGGAGCUGUCUGGUGGACAAUGAAGGAGAGAUCUAUGAUGAUAUUGCUGAUGGUUGUAUCUACGACAAUGACUAGUAGCUUUCCACCUUAGAAGCUGACUUCAUUGAAUUCUUAUAAGCAUUUACAGUUUUAAUUACCAUAUAAUUAAGAUGUAACAGCAGAUGAAUGAGCAAAAUACUUUGUUAUCACUUCCUUUUUGUUACUAAAGCAUCAUUCUCACCAUAAAGAACUGGAGAUUGAGACCGUUAUGAGUUAAGUUUAUUCUGAACAAACAUCCCAGAGGGAUUCAUCAAGGAAGCAAUGCACAUCCCCUUUGGCUACCUGUUCAGCACUUCCAAGGAUAUACACAGUUCAUUGAUAAGAAAUUGAUAGACCUCGAUGACAGUAAAAGAAAUAUCAAAUGAAAAACAGAGGAGAAAGAAACCCAUCACAUUCACUUAUGAUUUAAAUAAAGAAAAUAAACAUAAGUUGGCAUCUGAGAAGGCAAUUCCUCCACUUGAAAAAUUCUUCUAAUAUUUGCUAAAAGGAAAUUAUAUUCAUAGGAUUCUCUGUGUUUUAAAUUUGCAGAAUGUUUUGUCUAUAUGUGUUCAUUUGGAAAGCAUAUUAAUUAUUUGCUAGAGAGUUUGUUAUAAUUUGUGUAUUUUUGUACAGACAUCUAAGAUAAAUGUCUUAGUCUUUAAAACCCAUCAUUUAGCUGAUUUUUGAUAUUCAAAUAACUUGAUUCUGUUCAUUAUUUAAAGUGAUGCUCUCUGAGAAGUAACAUGGACCUAAACUUUGACUCUAUAACCAUGACAUUCUACAUAAAGGACUAUGAACAGCCCUGUUUUUAUUCCAAAUCUGUUCAGAAGGCUUUACAACCGGUUUAAUUUCUCCCUGUAAGUUUCUCGUUGCCAGCAGGGGGAGUACAAAUGAACACCCUGCUAGAAAGAUGUCCCCAAUUUAGGCACACAUUUAGUUCAAAGGCAAGCCAGAAUCAAAACUAAAAGUUAUAUAUUUAGUUCCAAUUCUUUAAGGAAAAAUAUUUGUUGAAUGGAUAUGAAAAUAUAUUUUUUUCAUGACUUCCAAAAUAAGGAUCUAAUAUUUAACCAUGUGGAAACGGUCAGGAUUCCUCAGAUCUACUCACAGUCCUCCUGCCUAUGCAAACUUUCUAUAGAAAUAGGAAAACUUUGGACCUCUCUGAUACUUCAUUUUCUCACUUGCCAAGUUAGAACGUCAAAUUAUAUCAUUUCUAAUAUCCUCCCAAACUGCUGAAUUUCUUUUUUAAGGCUAUGUCAGAACAUUUUUGUCCUUUCACAAUUUUGUAGCAAAUUUGUACCACUCCAAUUUUGGGGGGUGCGGUGGGGACUGAGUGAUUUUUUUCAUUAGUGUACAAUAGCUGUUGAAUUCGUUCUUCCUUUGUUUCUCAAGUGUACCAUGUGGCCACAGGAAAAGAUUUGAAUGGAUCUAUAAGAAGUUUUAGAGUUUUGUAUAGAAAACCACUCCCCAAAGGGUCAGUCUGGGUGCUUCCAUAGAGAGGAAGAAGUGUAUGCACACAAACCUGUAAAAAAUAAUAACAGCAAUUCUAUAAGAUAGGUAAUCUCGACCCAAUAAAAAGGUAAAAUGAUUUUAAAUGUUUUAAAUAUUUUUUGAACAUUUCUUUUGGAUAUUGGUAGGUGAAAUAUUGACAUAUUUGAUGAGAGAGCUACCAAAAAUGUUUUCUGGAAAAUUCUCUAGCUUGGGAGAUUUGUUCUACAAAUAACUGUUCCACAAAUCAGAGUACAUGAAUAACAUGGGCUACUGAAGCCAAAAAAAUACAGUUUUCCUUCUUCUAAAUAAAAGUCUAUAUUCACAGGAAUGGUACAGAAGAAAUGUCUCCUUACAAUAGGAAGAAAUAUUGCCUCCAAUAAAUUUCUCAGAAAUAGCUUCAUAAAAGUGAUUUGAACAUUAAAUAAUACUAAAGGGUUAUUCUUCCAAAUCUGACAGCAGGCCUGGUAUGGUUUGCAUAUGCACCUUUCACCCCAAACCCCCUUUAUCCUAAAAAAAGCCAGUUUAAUCAACUAUAUUUUUGCAUUCCUCCUUGUGAUGCCUUAAUCUAGGUGAAUUUUUAAAAAGAAUUUAAUGACAUCGUUUACCUUAGAAGGACAGGAUUUAUUCAGAAUCAGAUAAGACCUAUUUUAGAGAAAGCAAAACAUGCAAUGACUUAUUUCAAGGUCAUAAUUCAUCUUAAGACUGGCAAAGCAUAAAACCUUGAAGCCCUGAUUCUGGUUCUUAUUCAAACACACCACCCCUGAAGCAUACAAUAGCUUGGGAUUUUUAAAAAACAAUUUAAAAAUUGAACAAAUAAAAGCAUUCAUAUUGUCCUGUAUUUCUAGAUGAAUAACAACUGUUUUAUAAUAAAAUCUUGGAAGAGUAAUGUGUACAAAUGUAAUUCAAAAUAAAGCCUGUUUUUAACUCA